ACAUAGCAGACCGCUGGGCUUGUAUUAGUAACCCACAGGGUUCUAGUCUGCAACAAUCUAAACAUAAGAGUGGAUAAAUGAUGCAAAAAGGUGACACAGCGUCAGGAGGGAUACAGUGUGGACAGAGGAUGAUUUUUACUGGUCCAGAUGGAGUCGGAGACUAUAGGCCAAGAUCAAAUUAUUUUUCCCAGUACAUCGGUGUGGGCUCCACAUCACCUGAGACCACAGGCGACCUCUCUUAUUUGUGCAGAGCUGCACCAAACACUCACCCCAUAAUGCCCAGGCAGAGCUAUGUGGGCGAGGUGGGCUGGGGAUGGCAGCAUAACCAGCUGCUUAACCGUGGCACACUGCUCAGCAAUAUGCAAAUUAAGAAAACAGAGUUUCGUGCAACACUGGAAGACAGAGUCACCCAGAAGUUUCAGAACAACCAGUAAGACAGAAUUUGUAACCUUAUCGCUGG